UCACAGACUCCCCGGGGUGACCACAACAUGGCUGCGGCGCCGGGGCUGCUCUUCUGGCUGCUCGUGCUCGGGCCGCCCUGGCGGGGGUCGGGCCAGCCAGACCCGAGCACCGGCCGGCGCUUCUCGGAGCACAAACUCUGCGCGGACGACGAAUGCAGCAUGUUAAUGUACCGGGGUGAGGCCCUCGACGAUUUCACAGGCCCAGACUGCCGUUUUGUGAAUUUUAAAAAAGGUGACCCUGUAUAUGUGUACUAUAAGCUGGCGGGGGGAUCACCCGAAGUUUGGGCUGGAACUGUUGGGCGUAUUUUUGGAUAUUUUCCAAAGGAUUUGAUCAAGGUAGUCCAUGAGUACACCAAAGAAGAGCUCCGAAUUCCAGCAGAUGACACAGAUUUUGUUUGUUUUGAUGGGGGAAGAGAUGAUUUUGAUAAUUAUAAUAUAGAAGAACUUCUAGGAUUUUUAGACUUCUAUGAUUCUGCAGCUGGAGAUUCUGAGAACACCAUGGAUAAAACGUCCCAGCACGUGGAAAAAGUUCCUGAAGUAUCUAAGGAAAGGGAACCCAUAGAAGCCAAUGCAGACGCAAAUGAAAGUGUGUUCUCAGAAAGCUCUAAGGAUCUCGAGGACCCGUUUCUGCCUCAGAAGAACCCCGUCCCUGCAGCCGUCCCUGCAGCCGUCCCUGCAGCCGGUCAGGCGCGUGCUGCUCAGGGGGAGCCGUCUUCACUUGAACCCUUUGAGGAAAUGCUGCAAGAUCAAAGUGAGAACAACAAAACCAGCAAUAGUUCUCAGGGCUCCAGCGGACAGGAGACAAUGGAUGCAUACAAACUCUUGAAGAAAGAAAUGACUCUGGACUUGAAAACCAAAUUUGGCUCCACUGCUGAUGCCCUGGUUUCUGACGACGAGACGACCCGGCUUGUUACCUCAUUAGAAGAUGGUUUCGAUGAGGAGCUGGAUGACGACUACUACACAGUCGAGAAGGAAGAGGAGGACGAUAGCGACAAUUUUGAUGCACUCCCACUGCUAACCUUCACAAGUGGAGAAGAUGAGAAAGAUCCAGGGAAGCCCGGAGUUGAGAAGUAUUCAACAGGUGAAGAACAGUAUUCAAACACAGAGCACAAGGUUGAGGCCACUCUGCCCCCUGGCAUCAGAGCUGAUGAUAAGAGUAUACUCACGGACUGGGGGGAUACCCUCUUCUCUAUCGUCACAGGAGGUGAGGAAAAGCCAGGUCCAGCGGAUUUAGAGGGUUCUAAUUCAGAGGAAGAAAAGGAGGAUGAUGUUGGCACCCUAGGCCCAAAGAGCAAACAGGAGAAACCACAAUCAGCAACAGAGUCUGUUGACCCUGUAAAUGCAGAAGACGGCCCUUUGAGGACAGAAGUGCCUAAAACAAAUGAUGAAAAGGACCCAGAAACGCACACUGAGCUUCACAUUAAAGACAAAGGGAAGGAAGUUCAGGAAUCCACAUUAGCCCUGGAGCAAGCUGAGGCAGAAUCAGAGCGGGAGAAGCAGGAGAAGCAGGAAGGGGUGGCUGUGGGUAGCCCUGCCCAGAGCAGCAAGCACAGCGCUUUGCCAGCCGCUGAGAAGGGUAAAGACACACUAAAAUCAGCUUUCGGUAACGAAGAGAGUGACCUAAAAGAAGAAGCCAUUCUCAUUUCAAAAGACACACCUCACCAAGAAAGACCUGGGGAGAGUUUGGCAGGUGGCUCAGACAAGGAAUCUGCACCCACAGCUCUGGGGAGCCAAAUGGACGAAGAAACAAACAAACAGGAAUCCGUAGCCGUGGCACCACUCUUGGGUGAUCCUCAGCGUAAUACGUCCAUGGAGAGUGUGGAGGAAGGAGAGGUUUUGGUAAAUAAAUCCAGGCUACACUCACCAUCAGUGGAGCAUCAGCAGGAGGAAUCUAAAGAGGAAGCAGUGGUGAAGACUCAGGAUCAACCCAGCUUCUCCUCUCCAGAUGGAGUGGCUUUGCCAGGGGAACUGGGAGAAGAGGUUCCCCCUCUGGGAAGAAAUUUUUCCUGGCAGCAAGACAGAGACGUGGCUGCCACAGUUAUCAAGCAGGCGAACGAGAAGACGAGGCUCUCUGGGGAUGAGGGCAAAGAGGACCCUGUAGAAACAGAGGUGGCUCAUCACAAGGCAAUGCAGGGCCCCCAGGGGGUGGGAAAAACAGACCCCACUGGUAGUGCACAAGCACCAGCUUUCCAGACUGCAAAGCCGGACACCGAGGAAGAUGACUACUGGUUCGAAGAACUCCUGGAAGAUGAAAACGCUCUGAGUGCAGAGCAGUCUAAAGAAAAAGGCUCUGGGGUUCCAGACGGGAGGUUAGAUGUCAAUCUGCAGGUGCUUGGAGGAGCAGUUUUAGGGACUGCUCAGCCUGAUCCCCAAACUAAAGCAAACAAGCAAGAAACUCAUACAGUUUUGGAGACUGAAAGAAAAGGUGAACCUGCAGCCACAGGAGUAGACAGGACGGGCAUGGAACCAGGCAGAAUAGGGCUGGUGAAAGAAGAAAGCCCCCUGCUAGAUGAGCAAGCCCAGAGCCCCCCUGAAGUCAAUGACCUUCCUGGCCGGGAGACCCAGGCUCCCGAGUUAGGCCACGUGUUUCAGAAUCAAGAUGCUGAUUUUCUGAAAAAAGACCAUCCCCAGGAGCACUGGAAGCCCUCGGGGCUCAUGGAGAAUCGUGGGGGAGAAGACCUCUCAAAAGAGGACCCCGAGGACGUAGGGAAAUUCCUGGACGUGGAAGGCCAGGGCUCUCUCCCUGAGCAGCCCGAAGACGACCCGCUGCGCUGGGGUCCACGGACUCCUGCAGAGCCAGGGCCCGGUGGCCGCGCCGAGGACCUGCCUAUAAUAAACAGCUUCUUUAAAGAACAGCAGUCUUUGCAGCGCCUCCAGAAGUACUUUGAUGUCCGGGAGCUGGAAGCCAUGCUCCAGGAAAUGUCAUCGAAGCUGAAGUCAGCCCAGCAGGAGAGCCUGCCCUAUAACGUGGAGAAAGUCCUGGACAAGGUCUUCCGCGCCUCCGAGUCACAGAUUCUGAGUGAAGCCGAGAAAAUGCUCGAUGCUCGGGUGACCGAAAAUAGAGACCUGGGAGUGAAGGAAAACAACAUUUUCGAAGAGGCAGCCGUGCUGGAUGACAUCCAAGACCUGAUCUAUUUUGUCAGGUACAAGCACUCCGUGGCCGAGAAGACGGCCCCGCUGAUAACAGCACUACCUUUCGAGGAAGGCUGGCAUGGACCUGCGGAAGAGAUGCAGCCGCCGCUUGAGGAUGACUUCCCGCAAGAGAGCACAGGGGACCUUACUAUGCAGGUUCCCGAAGAGCCUGGCCACUUGGAUCAGCCCAUUACUGGGGACACACGUGUCUCGGAAGAGUCACAGGAGCUGAUUACUGAGACGGACUCAGACCCAGUUUUAGGGCUGAUUACGACUGAAGGCACUCCCGUGAAUGCUGUUGAUGCAAAGAAGCAACUGGAGACAAAGGUGGAGGAGCCAGCACACGUUACGCCUUUGGAAAAUGCAAUUCUUUUAACCUGUUCAUUCGUGCUCUAUGUAACUAACACGUUAGUUGCUACACUGCCUGAUGAUGUUCAGCCGGGGCCUGAUUUUUACGGACUGCCAUGGAAACCUGUACUUAUCACUGCCUUCUUGGGAAUUGUUUCAUUUGCUGUUUUCUUCUGGAGAACUAUCCUUGUUGUAAAGAAUAGAGUAUAUCAAGUCACUGAACAGCAAAUUUCUGAGAAAGUGAAGAAUAUCAUGAAAGAAAAUGCAGAACUUGUACAAAAAUUGUCAGAUUAUGAAAAAAAGAUCAAAGAAUCAAAGAAACACGUUCAAGAAACCAAGAAACAAAAUAUGAUUCUUUCGGAUGAAGCAAUUAAAUUUAAGGAUAAAAUCAAGCGUCUUGAAGAAAGUAAUCAAAUUCUGGAUGACACUGCUAAAAAUCUUCGUGUUAUGUUAGAAUCUGAGAGAGAACAGAAUGUCAUGAAUCAGGACUUGAUAUUGAAAAACAAGAAAUCUAUAGAGACGUUAAAGGAUGUUAUUUCAGUGAAUGCCUCAGAAUUUUCAGAGGUUCAAAUUGCCCUUAAUGAAGCUAAACUUAGUGAAGAGAAAGUGAAGUCUGAAUGCCAUCGGGUUCAAGAAGAAAAUGCUAGGCUUAAAAAGAAAAAAGAACAGUUGCAGCAGGAAAUUGAAGAUUGGAGUAAAUCCCAUGCUGAGCUCAGUGAGCAAAUCAAAUCAUUUGAGAAGUCUCAGAAAGAUUUGGAAGUAGCUCUUACUCACAAAGAUGAUAAUAUUAAUGCAUUGACUAAUUGCAUUACACAGUUGAAUCGGUUAGAGUGUGAAUCUGAAUCUGACGGUCAGGGUAAAGGAGGAAGUGAGUCAGAUGAGUUAGCCAAUGGAAAACUGGGAGGUGACCAGAAUGAGAAGAUGAAGAAUCAAAUUAAGCAGAUGAUGGACGUCUCUCGGACACAAACUGCAAUAUCAGUAGUUGAAGAAGAUUUAAAACUUUUACAAUUUAAGCUAAGAGCCUCGAUGUCCACUAAAUGUAACCUGGAAGAACAAAUAAGGAAGCUAGAAGAUGACCGCAGUGCCCUGCAAUCUGCCAAAGCUGGGCUGGAAGAUGAGUGCAGAACGCUGAGGCAGAAAGUGGAGAUUCUGAAUGAACUCUAUCAGCAGAAGGAGAUGGCUCUGCAGAAGAAGCUGAGUCAAGAAGAGUAUGAGCGGGAAGAAAGAGAGCAGCGGCUGUCAGCUGCAGAUGAAAAGGCAGUUUUGGCUGCAGAAGAAGUAAAAACUUACAGGCGGAGAAUUGAGGAAAUGGAGGAAGAACUUCAGAAAACGGAGCGCUCAUUUAAGAACCAGAUUGCUACUCAUGAGAAGAAAGCUCAUGAUAAUUGGCUCAAAGCUCGUGCUGCAGAGAGAGCUAUAGCUGAAGAGAAAAGGGAAGCUGCCAAUUUGAGACACAAAUUACUGGAAAUAACCCAGAAGAUGGCAAUGCUACAAGAAGAACCUGUGAUUGUAAAGCCCAUGCCAGGGAGACCAAAUACACAGAACCCUCCACGGAGAGGUCCCCUGAGCCAGAAUGGCUCCUUCGGCACAUCCCCUGUGAGCGGUGGCGAAUACUCCCCGCCGCUGACCGCGGAGCCGCCCGGGAGGCCUCUCUCUGCUACUCUCCAUCGAAGAGACGCGCCUAGAAGUGAAUUUGGGUCAAUGGACGGGCCUCUCCCUCGUUCUCGAUGGCCAUCGGAGAUAUCUGGGAAACCUCCUGCCUCUGAUCCAGGAUCUGGUUCAGCACCCAUGUUGAACAGCAGCUCAAGAGGUUCUUCCCCUACCAAAGGGAUGGACGAGGGCAAGCAAACUGUUCCCCAGGAGCCUGGAGGCCCGUCAGUUCCCAGCAUUACCUCUGAGCAUCCAGUAGCAGUUAAUAUGGCUCCAAAAGGGCCUCCUCCUUUCCCAGGGGUGCCCUUCAUAGGCCCUCUGCCACCACCCGUUCGAUACGGACCACCUCCUCAGCUCGGCAGACAUUUCGGGCCUCGACCACUGCCUCCGUUUGGUCCUGGUAUGCGUCCACCAGUAGGCUUAAGAGAAUAUGCACCAGGCGUUCCUCCUGGAAAGCAGGACCUGCUUUUUGAUCCUCGGGAAUUUGUACCAGGACACACACCGUUUAGACCUCCAGGCCCUCUUGGUCCAAGAGAGUACUUCAUUCCUGGUACUCGGUUACCACCCCCACCUCCACCCCAGGAUUAUGCGCCAUCACCUGCUGCAAGAGACUUCCUGCCUUCGGGCUCCAGAGAGGAGCCUCCACCUGCUUCUCAGAGCAGCAGCCAGGACUGUUCACAGGCUUUACAACAGAGCCCGUAACUGACCUCUGACAUUCAGUCAGAGAGAAGCAGACUGUGCACUCUUCGUUACAGUAAGGAUUUCAUUGGCUUCAGAAUCCAAAAGUUUGUUUUAAAAGGUUUGUUUAUAGAACUAUGCUGACUUGGCAGUAUGCAUUUUUGAGCCAAACAAUUAAAAAAUACCAUUUUCUCCCCUAAAAAUAUUCACUUCUUAAGCUAGAACAUCCUUACAACUUUGAAAUGUGCAAUAAACAGUACCUGUGUUUUAGUUAAUGUAGUAUAUGUAAUUGCUAAAUGAUUUAGAAUGUCAUGAAAAAUAUGAACAUUUCCUGUGGAAAUGCUUUAAGAACGUGUAUUUCCAUCAUCCUAUUUUUAGUGUACACCAGUUAAAUACAGAGCAAUGGUGUUUGUAAGUUUGAUUUUUUUAAAAAAAAUAUGGUCAUAAAGACUGUUACGCUAAAAAUGUUUACUAAAAGAUCACCAAACUUUUAUUUUCCCCUCUUGCUCAAGUUCUUUGUAGUAAUAGUUCAUAAAAAUUUGUUUAUUAAUAUA